AUGGCGUCGCCUCCCACCAACGCGAUGUUCCUAUUCCCGGCGGUACCCAUCACCGACGGCCUCUGGGACUUGGCAACGGUUUCGUUAAUCGCCGGAAUUCUCAUCCUCUCCAUACUUUCUCUCACGUUUAUCUUCCACCUUCACCUUAGAUCACAAAUUUUGCCACAUUUGGGGCAUUUCAACUCGCUAUGGAAAGUCCGGUUGGUUCUCGUCCUAUUCGCCGCGUUUUGGGCUCUCAACGAGCUCCUCCGGUUACCCGUUUUCCGGCAAUCGUAUCUCUACCCGAAUUUCCCAUCCCUAACCGUGGCUGCUCAAACCACGGUUUGUAAACUCCACGUGGUUCUCUCCCUCGGGUUUUACGAGCCGGGCUUCUUGGUCACCCUCCUUUUCUUGGUUAACGUUUCGAUCAAGAAAACGGAGCGGAGCCGGAUGUGGGCGAUUCCGUCCGUCUGCGCGGUCUGUUUUCCGAUGCUUUUGUUGCAGGCCUUCGUGGUGUUCUUCUCCCCGUUGCAGGCGAUGUUGCCGGGGUUCAUGCACGGGAGCUCCGUCCUCUCGUCGGACCUAUUAGGGAGGAGCGCGGUGCUGUGCACCUACCCGGCGCUGAGCUGCAUAAUUUUCACGGUGUUCGCCGUGGCGUACGCUCUGGCGUUCCUGGUGUCGUGUUGGCAAGUGGUGAUGUUUGUGAUAAAUAAGACCAUUGGAGGCAGGGUGUACUUCCUGGCCGUGUCGGUGAUGGUGACGCUGCCCAUUCAGAUCUUCUGCCUCGGCUUGACCUCGAUAUGGCUGCCGGUGGAUCCCGUGUAUUAUUGUGCGGUUUCCACCAUGUUCCUGUCGGUUUUGUGGUGCAUCACCGUGUCGGAAAUCAUUUUGGUGAUUAAGCCCAUUGCGGAUGCCUUAGAUGCCUGUGGAGCGCUUUUGAUAUCCACAACCCACCACGGGAAUAAUAGUAAUGAAGAGCCUACUCCACUCUUCCACCAACAAGGUAGUCAGGAUCAAUAG